AUGAUGGCACCCAGCGUGUUUCAGAGAACCAAGUCUCCACGCUCUUCGCCCGGCAACUUGCCUAGGAAAUUACAGAACGGCACCGAAUCCGCGAGUCAGUCAGAGCCAGCUGCAGACUCCAGCCCUGGCAACUCUAUAUCAGACGCAGAGAAUUUCGAGUGUUACGGUGAAGCUGAUGGCGAUACACAAGCUAACACAUUGGAAAAUGGAUCUAGAAGUCCAGCAAAUCCUCUGAAUCGACACUCAUGGACAAGAACAAGCCUCAGAAGGACACCACCUAGCCAUCAAGAGAACCUGCCGCAUCGGAGAUGGGGCUCCAUGAGACACUCGGGGAAGCGGCAAAUUGGCUCCAAUGUCUUAGCAAGCCAAUUAUACCGGUCGUCGUCAUUCAAUUCGUCGGGCUGCGGUUCAGGUGGGGAGCCAGCCGACGACAUGUACUCUGAUGUGUCGCUGGAGGAGGACGUUCAAGGCCUGAAUUAUAAGGUGCAGCUCCUACAGCAACAAGUGACCUCCUUGGCGGACACACAGAGUACUGCCGACGACCGGUACGCGAGGGCGAAGGCCGACAACGCGGUGCUGCAGGCCCGAGUCCACAUGCUCGACGAACAGAUUAGAGAGAUCGAGAGUCGUUGUGAAGAGCGCAUUGCAGAGGAACAGAAGCGAUGCCGUGAAGCUAUUGCCCGCGUGGAGCGCGAUCGCGAUGCCCAGCUGGCGGCACUCAGCGACCGCCUCGCUGCUGCCGAAAACGAGGCUUCAGAUCUCAAGCAAGAGGUGGGGCGGUUGCGCGGCGUGGCUGAGACGCUGCGCGCGAGCGCGGAGGCGGCGACGCGUGCGCAGCGCGAGGCGCAGGAGGCGGUGGGCGAGCUGGGCGCGGCGCUGAGCGCGGCGCGCGACGCCGAGCGGCGCGAGCGCGCGUCCGCCGCCGGCCUGCGCGCACAGCUGGCGGCCGCCGAGCGCGAGUUGCGUGCCGCGCGCCUCGCCCCGCCCUCCCCGCCACCCGACCCGCGCCUCGACGAGCUGCGCGAGGAGCUCGCGCUGCUGCGCACGCAGAACAAAUCGCUCUCGGAGGCGCAAGAGGAGCUGCAGGCGCAGAUCCUGACGCGCGGCGUGGAGCAGGGCCGCAGCCUGCUCGACGUCAGCGGGCCGCUGCUGGCGCACUCGCUCGCGCACGAGCUCUCGCACAUGUCCGACCACGAGCCCGAUGGUAGCACGCAAACUGAUCUCAGCAUAGAGAUGGAAAAGUUACAAAAAGCUUUAAAAGAACAACAGGACGUGAAUGUUCAACUGAGGACGUACAUCGACGGCAUCCUACUAGCGAUAGUAGAGAACUACCCACAGCUGCUCGAAGUCAAAUAUCCUAAGCCCGAAGAAAAAUCAUAA